UAAGCCUGGGGAGCGAGAGGAGUGUUACGAGUCGUGUUGAGCCUGACCUCUCUCCUGCACACGUGGGGGAACAGCCAAGACAUGGGACGGGGUCAGACAGACGCACGGCCACAUUUCCAGGGGCUCCUCUAAGCCCCUCGGGUGGCCCUAACCUGGGGAGCAGCUACCCGUGCCUGGGAAUACAGCACGCUGCCUUCCCCCCACAACCGAGACCCGGUUUUCCCUGCAGUGCUUGGACUCCCACAUCUGCAGCAGCCACGUGCAAUAUGUUCACACGCUGAACAGGUCUACAUUACACCCGUGCCAAAAUACAGCCACCUCUGGGGAGGACCCCCAACAGCUAUACGCCGCAGGACACAGCACAGCUGAAGCGGAGAUCUCCACACCCGAGAACUGCGGAAGGCCGCAAAGGCGGACUGCUGCGGCGGGCGCUGGGUUUAUCCUCCGAGUCGCAUUUGAACGCCCAACAGCUGUGACGCGGCCCGAGGCACCCCGCAUGCUGCGGCACCCCGUUUGAGAGUCCCCGCGUGAAUCUACAAGGUGCAGCUCUCCCUUGCCUCGUGCCCGAUUCAUGCUAACACGGCUCACACUUCCCUAAGGCCACGCUGUUCGCUCCCGCUUGGCCUGGCAGUCGUACCACCUUCGUGGCAGCAGCACGCCUCCACCGGAUUCAGCCCUUUGAGCAAACGGGGCUUUUCCUCCGAAAGGAACCAGGGCAGGGGAGCAGAUUUGCACGACUUUCCCAGUGCUGAAUCUCCUCCCGCUUUCCCUCUGAUCUGACUGCAGCCGGCAUCGCCUGCCCUGGCCGCGGCAUGGCUGCAUCUGUGAGCCGCCUGUGCCACGUCGCCUUCCACGUGCCCCGUGGGCAGGGCCUGGCCAGUGACCUGGUGACCAAGUUUCGCUUCCGCCCCGUGGCCGUGCGGGAGACGGCGCGCGCCCGGCAGCUGGCUGUCUGCAAAGGCGCUGCCGUCUUCGUCGUCAACGAAAGGCGGGAGGCAGCCCCGUGCUCUGGUCCCACGUGGCCGUCGCCGGGCCCUGGAGCCAGCGACUUCCUGUACGACGUGGACCCCGCGUAUGCCGUGAGCACGGCCUGCAACGUGUGCUUCGAGCUGGAGGACAUCCCCGGCGUCUCCCGGCGCCUCCAGGACCGGGGAUGCCGCCUGGCCGUGCCGCCCACCGAGGUGACGGACGCCGACGGCUCUGUCACCUACUCCGUGGUGCGGUCCAUCGUGGGCAACGUCAGCCACACCCUGCUGGACCGCUCCCGAUACCGAGGACCCUUCUUGCCCGGCUUCCACGCCGUGACCGCUGCCCCCGAGGGGCCGCCGGAUGGGGCCGAGAUCACCCACGUGGACCACAUCACGUACGCCUGCCCCCGGGGCAGCGCACGCACCGUGCUGGACUGGUACGAGAGCUGCUUCGGCUUCCGGCGCUUCCUCCUGCACGGGGCCGAGGAUGCAGGCGAGGGCUACGUGAUCCGGGGUCGGGGCGUGGGGCUGCGGCUCAUGGCCCUGCAGGGUGGCCGAGCUGAGCGGGCCCGGCCCACGGACGGCUGCAAGCUGGUGCUGGCCGAGUCCCUGCCGGAGCAGGGGCAAAACCAGGUGGACACCUUCUUGGAGCAGCACGGCGGGGCCGGCGUCCAGCACAUCGGGCUCUACACCACGGACAUCGUUUCCACGGCCCAAACCCUGGCAGCGGCCGGCGUGCAGUUUGUGGAGCCACCCCGCACCUACUACAGCGAGGCGGGUAAGACGGAAGAGAUCCAGGGGGCUGGACAGGACCCCGGGGCGCUGGCACGGCACGGCAUCCUGCUGGACGCGGAGCUGGCUGGGGAGAGCCCUUCGGCGAGGAGGUACUUGAUGCAGAUCUUCACCAAGCCUUUCUUCCCCGAGGAGACCUUCUUCCUGGAGCUCAUCGAGCGCCGGGGGGCCUCGGGCUUCGGGGAGGGCAACAUCCGGGCCCUGUGGAAGUCUGUACAGGGCUACAUGGACCGGCAGCGCUAGGACAACACCACGGCCUCACGAGGCCAGCAGUUCUAGGGGUGCCUUGCGGGUGGCGGGGAGAAGGGGACGGAGGUCUGCAAAGCCCUCGGGCAGUCAGGCCCCUGGCCUGUGGCUUGCUCGUCCUCUUCCCCUCUCCCAGUGCCCAGGGGUCGAUCCUUAUCCAGUGCCAUGGCUCCCAUGGAGGUUAUAAGUGGGUUGAGGGGCCCUUGGUUCACCCCCCUGGGAAGGCAGAAGGGCGGCUGGGGGGGAGCCGACGUUCCCAGGGCCGCUCCAGCUGGGGCUGCACCGAUUUCUCACCGUUCCUGAGCCAUCGGGCGCUCACUGGGCUUUACUGCCCUCUCCACCCAGCCCGUGGGACAGCUCCGGUCUCAUGCAGCCUCUAGCAGGGUCCUGAGGCCAGUCCAGAGCAGAGCUCCAGGGAGGCUGAUGGCCAGGACGGGGCCCGUCCCUCCCGGGGCCACGGCCGGGGCUAGAAGCUACGUAAACCCUCCAGAGCCCCAUGAGCACCCACAGGCCGCAGGGCUUCCCCCGGCUGGAGCCUGGAGUUCUCCCAGGGCUGCAGAGGGGAAAGCAGGGCCCUGCAACCACACUCCUGCCCCGUCCUCGGGUCUCGGGAGCAGCUCGGCCCCAGCCUUGCCCGAAACAGCACAGCACCACGCUGCUGUUCCCCAGCCCCCGGGGCAGGAGGGCAGCCCCCGCUCUGCCUUUGCCAGCACACACUCCUGCUCUUUCCUCCCACAGGGAAGACUUGCCCCAUAAGGGCCAGGAACAUGUUGGUUACUUGAAUUACUGAAUUAAAAGUCAGAAAUGCUGCUUU